AUGUACACGAGCACUAGUUUGCUGUUGUUCUCGUCAAUUGUCGCUAUCGCAUCAGCGGCUCUAGUGAAAUGGGUGCCAAAUGGGAGCUUCAACUUGCCUGCCAACUUCAAAGACAAGAAACUGCCGUGUUCAAAGCAAACUGUUGUGUUUCCUGAUAGAAUGACAGGGUCAGUGAAAAUGCAGUCUGAGGAGAAAGUGAAAGAGCUUGUCUUGCCCGUGGAUGGUGAGAUUAUUCUCGAAACCUUGAUAGUUCUCGGUGAGGAUCCAACAGAAACGAAUUGCACAGAAGGUUACUCGUAUUAUAUGGAUCAGUCUAUGUCUUCGUGGGCCCAAGCGGGCGUUUGGAGUUCUCUUCGAUUCAAUGAAGCCACGCCUGAUUCUGAGAAGUUGCCCUGUGAAGGUGACGAUGUCGAAUUCCCGAAUGCCAAAUACACAGUGAUACUGCCGGAUUCAAUGCAGUCUGUGCGCAGUUUAAAAGUUAGCGGCGAGACCUACACCACCGAGUCGUUUCUAAGCCGAGCUUCGGAAUCUGAGGAGGAGCAAGCUUUUCAACUAAACAGCUUAUUACAAACAGGAGUUAAAGUUUCUUCAAGGACUUGUCGUCACAAAAAUGGUUGUCCGUGCCAGAAAUUUCCUUUGGAAAUCGACUGCUCUUUGAAAUAUUGUCCGCAACCAAGCUGCUUGGCGCCAAUCAAACCUGACGGUUACUGCUGUAAGCAAUGCGGAGGAUACAUUACAUUUGAAAUUGACGACGACUUCGAUAUGAUAGCCUUCAAUGAGCUAGUGGAUAAAACUGUUCAGAGCUACGGGGGAAAUGUUGUGUAUCACAUCGGUUUCACGCCGGUCAAAGAUUCUAGGACACUACAGCUUGUUGUUGUGGAAAAAGGAGCGUAUACUGGAACUAGUGCUGAAAUAGCUAAUUAUAUUGAUAAAACUAUCGAGAAACAUUGGUUUAAGAGUAGCAAGCUGGCGAAGAUUAGCGGAAGUCCACUUGACAAAGCAAAUUUGGGAGGAAAAAUGUUUUUCUCAAUGUUCUUUGCGGUCGCUUUAGUAAUGGGAGCCAUUUACUUAUAUUACUAUAGAUUACCUAAAAUAGAAUUUCCAGUAAUAAACAGAGGCUCGAGACGGAUGUUCAGCAGAUUCCAGAGGAGAACAGACAGUGUGGUUUCGUUGACCCGAAGAGAUUCGACCAUUAUAGGGGGCGGACGAACUGCGUUUAGGAACCCGAUGUAUGACUCAAGAAGGGGGCGUGUUGAGGUUGCAGAGUCAGUUGUUGAAGAAUAA